UUUUUCAUUUAUUUUGUUGGAUUUGCACUUUACUUACUUAUUUAUUUUAUACUUCAGCACGAUUUGUUGUUAGUAAAUUGGCUAAUUAAAGUUAAACAUAGUAAAUAGUCAUCAGAAAAAUAUGAAAUCAAGGAUGGACCAAUUGGCCAGUUACAUGUAAAGGCUGGGGCAAAUUUUAUUUUUGCAGCGACUUAACUGGAAAUAAGCUGAGCGGCUCAGUACCCAAGAAUUUACUGAGGAGGGCCAGUGAUAACACACUGCAACUGAGGUAAGUCGUCGGAUAGUAAAGCAAUGUAUGGUUAUUGUUCCUUUUUUGGGUGAUAAAUGGGGCCAAGCCCAAAAGCGAUGUAAGGGUUGUUUUCAUUAUUAACGUAAUUGAUCAGUCAUCAGAAGUUAGUUAUAGAGGAAAACGAAUGGAAAAAUCUCGAAGAGAGAGCUAAUGAACCAAAAGUCGUAAAGCGUAUGCAAGUCGCUGCAUAUAGACUGCUUUCGAUGUAUGUUUUUUGUAUGUCUUUUUUUGAGCAUAUGUGUGAAUAUAAGAAUAUAAAUUUGGCUCAUUUUGCUAAUUCGUGCAUGAGUUGUUACAAAUCACUAACUUAUUGAGAUCAUCACCUUCCUCCUUGUGAUGCAGUUUGGCCGAAAAUGCCAAUCUCUGCAUGUCAGGUUCUUGUGGCUUGUCGGAAAAAAAAAAGGAACUCAUCAUAAUUGCUUCAGCUUCCGGAUGCACUGUUGUGGUGCUAAAAGAAGGAAAAGCAUGGAAAGCAAGAAGGGAAAGUCCGAGUCUGGAUCAAAGGGGAUUUCAGGAAAACUAAUGCGUCAUUUCACCCUCGACGAGGUUGCAAGAAUCACCGAGAACUUCGAUGUUGAGAAGAUUAUCGGAGAAGGGAAUUUUAGAAAAGUUUUCCGUGGCAAGCUAGAUGACGGUACUGAAGUUGCUGUGAAAAAGCUAUCUCGAUCAGCUAAGGAAGGCCCCAGGCAAUUCGAAACUGAGGCAAAACUACUCUUGAAAAUACACCACAAGAACUUGGUUGCGCUUCUGGGAUACUGUGAUGAACCAGAAAACAAGGCACUAAUAUACGAGUACUUGGCCAAGGGAAACUUGCACGAAAAUUUAUCAGGAAAGAAUGCAAACUUUUUGACCUGGGACCAGAGAUUGUGCAUUGCAGUUGACGCAGCAAAAGGACUGGAUUACUUGCACAACAAUUGCAAUCCACCUAACAUUCACCGAGAUAUAAAGACAGCAAAUAUCCUGCUGGACGAACACUUGCAGGCCAAGAUUUCUGACUUUGGAUUAUCGAGAAUUUUUUCAAGUACAAAUGGCACUUUUAUCACAACUGAUUCUGUUGGAACACGCGGUUACCUUGACCCAGAAUAUUGUACGUCUAGAAGUUUGACCAAGAAAAGCGACAUUUAUAGUUUCGGGGUCGUGCUUCUUGAGCUAAUCACUGCCCGUCCUGUACAAGGUAACGAACACGUGGUCGACUGGGCAGUUCGAGAAGUCAAAAAACAAAACUACCAACGGCAAAUUGUUGAUCCAAGGCUAGAUGGGCAAUACGAUUCAGACUCGGCUGACAAGUUGGUGACUAUAGCAAUAUCAUGCGUGGAAAAAGCUGCAGCUAAACGCCCAGACAUACAUAAGGUUCAUGCAGACCUUAAAGCAUGUCGUGAUCUAACUCUUGAAAGAAGCCAGGGUACGGCGAGUAAGGGCGGAGCAUCCAGCAUCAGCAGCUAUAACGAUGUACAACCUUCGAGCAUUGAGUACCACUCUUCCACCCAGAGCACCUCUAGUUCUUCUUCUGCGUGGAGUAACCUCUGGAGAGGUUUCACCGAAGCUUUUUUUAGUUCCUGAAGUCUUCUUAUCGUUGUUGCUGUCCGUACUCUUCCUCAUGGUCUGGAAAACUUCCCUUUCUGUACUAAGUUAUGUGUGUCAAAUUGUCAACCUAAAAGUCUUACUGCAGCUUGUCCAGCAAUUCCCAGGGGACGAAAUGAAUCUGUAUGCACUGCUAUUUGUAUGC